CUUGGUCAUCAUGUCGACGCUUUCAGGGAGUAGAAGAAGACGAGGAAAUCUCGCGAGGAACAAACCGAGUGGGACGCCAGUCUGACAACUAUGGCUUCUCAUGUUGGUUGUGAGCAUUAUGUCCGCAGCUGCUUAUUAAAAGCACCUUGCUGUGGCAAACUGUAUGUGUGUCGAUUGUGUCACGAUGCAGAGGAGAACCACGAGAUGGAUCGCUUCAAAGUCCGAGAGGUGCAGUGCUCUGAAUGUCAGACGGUGCAACAGGCACAACAGAUGUGCCAGCAGUGUCAUGUGCUGUUCGGUGAGUACUACUGUAGCAUCUGCCACUUGUUUGACGAGGAUAAGAAGCAGUACCACUGUCAGCCCUGUGGAAUAUGCAGGAUUGGACCUAGAGAGAAGUAUUUCCACUGUGAGAAGUGCAACCUAUGUUUAGCUCUUAAUCUGAAGGGGAACCACAAGUGUGUUGAAAAUGUUUCAAGGCAAAAUUGUCCGGUGUGUAUGGAGGAUAUUCACACAUCUAGAAUUAGAGCUCACAUUCUUCCUUGUGGCCAUCUUUUACACAAGACCUGCUUUGAUGACAUGAUCGGAAGAGGAGCAUAUCGCUGCCCUCUGUGUAUGCACUCUGCAUGGAGCAUGGAGGACCAAUGGGAACAGAUGGACAUUGAGAUCUCUCAGUCACAAAUGCCUGCUGAAUACCAGGGCGUUACUGUUAAAAUUAUAUGUAAUGAUUGCCAAGCCCACUGCACAGUGCCUUUCCAUGUCCUGGGCAUGAAGUGCAGCAGCUGUGGCUCCUACAACACAGCGCAGGAAGGAGGGCUCAUCUAUCAGCCACAACAGCUGGAGCAGGACACCGAGGCAGAGACCGACACGGAGCCCGAGCCGCAAGAUCAAUCUGAGUCACCCACGCCGAAUUAGCACUCUAGCGCAUCACAAUGAAUGGCAUUCAUACUUCAUAUUGCGUUGAUGCAUUCACGUGUGCUAACGCAAACUGUAGUGUUGCUCAGUUGUACAGAAAUACAAAACUCAAAUCUCUUUUCAGUAGCUGUUUGCACUCAUCCAAACUUGCUGACGACUACUGGCAAUUUAGACCAGUGUGUUUGGUGGGUGAGAUAAAACCCAUGAUAAUAUGCUGAGAGCAUGCAAGCAUGCACUCAAAGAUCCCAGCAAACCCAGUCAUGCUGGAGGUGGGGCUGCUAAUUCUGUAUUCAUUACUUCCUGUGGGGAAGUGCUAGUGUUUUGAGUCUGUACAGAAUCAGUUCAAGGACGCUGUAGCUUAUCAUAUUAGUUUGACAGUGACUGCUGCCAUGCUUUUCAGGUGAGAGGGUAACACAUACGAUGAUGGUCUAUGGUUCUUGGUCUCGUUUGUUCAUGGUGUCUUCUUUCUGAUCUCGACAGGCUUUUUAAAUAUUUGAUUUUACUUUUAAGACUACUGGUUUAUAUUUGAUAUAACCCUGUAGCCCAAGAAAAAAAAUCACAAAAGUGAGCGUGAGGUGUGGAAGCUUCUGCUUCUGAUGGAUAGUUACCUUAGUUUGCUUACAGAUCAGCCCUAACUCCUAACAUGCAGUGGGUGUUCUGUUCUGGCCAAAAGUCUAGUUUUAUUCCUUCUUGAAUGAGAAUUCUUCUUGUCAUGUCAUCCACAGUUGUUUCUGUGGUCCUCCUCCUAUUUUGUUUUGGCAUAAAGAAGUGACACCUUUCACAGUAGUUCAUCUGGCCUGAAGGUUUGUAAAUGUAUUAGUCUGUAUUUCAACUGAGAUCAGUGCAAAUUUUAAGCCUUCUGUUUCAUUUUUGAGUUGAGAUGUGAGUCAGGAUUGAAUAACAUUUACUGCAUUAAACAUACUUAUAACAGACUUGUAAAUAUGAAUCCCAUUGGUGUUUCAAAUUGAUGGUACUAUUUUUGAGUUUAUGCCUAAUACUGUAUGAGCAUUGGGAUCAAAUAAUAAAUAGGUAUUUUUAAGUCCUUUAGCCAUAGGAGCUAGCCAGUGACUUUAUAGUAUAUUGGAAAUAUGUUCUGAUUCCUGCCUUUUUGUUCAGACCUUCUGGUCCUAACAUAGUGUAAAUACAGUCGUGUAAUGUGUGCUAUGCUGAGACAAAUGGAACCAGAUUCCAGUGUCACGUGUGUUUUGUCUUUAUUGUUUUCAGGCCAGGUGUGACUAUUUUACAAAAUAUGAAAUUCGAAUAAAGAAUAAAUCUGACAAUUACCACA